CCCCGCCGCCGCGGUGCAUCAUGGUCAAAGAGCCCGGCCGGGGAGCCCGCCAUUUUCUGCUGGGGCUGGCGGGAAAGGCGGGAAGGGAGCGCCAGCAGCGCCAGCGCCGCCGCGGCACUCCCCACCGCUCCAACGGUCGCCGCAGCGCCGGCCGCCGCCUCCGCACGCAGCAGCCUCCUCGCGCCCUGAGGACCGCCCAGGAUGGCCCGUACCAAGCAGACCGCCCGUAAGUCCACCGGCGGGAAGGCGCCCCGGAAGCAGCUGGCCACCAAAGCCGCCCGGAAAAGCGCCCCGUCCACGGGGGGGGUGAAGAAGCCGCAUCGCUACAGGCCUGGCACCGUGGCCCUCCGGGAGAUCCGGCGGUACCAGAAAUCCACGGAGCUGUUGAUCCGCAAGCUUCCAUUCCAGCGCCUGGUCCGGGAAAUCGCUCAGGACUUUAAAACGGAUCUGCGGUUCCAGAGCGCUGCCAUCGGAGCCCUGCAGGAAGCCAGCGAAGCGUACCUGGUGGGGCUCUUCGAGGACACCAACCUGUGCGCCAUCCACGCCAAGAGAGUCACCAUCAUGCCGAAGGACAUCCAGCUGGCGCGCCGCAUCCGCGGGGAGCGGGCCUAGCUCGCCCGCGCGUCGGGGUAGCCGCGAGGGCUCGUUCCUUUCCUCCUCCCGUUUGUAGGAUAGGGCUAGGACGCGUCACGCGCCUCGGUAGCGCUCAGCGAUCGGGAGAGCCAAAUCUGUUCCUUCCUGACCUAACAAGCAAAAAAAAAAAGAGAAAAAACAGAACACAAAAAAAAACACACAAAAAAAACUUUGAGGAAUUUACAAGACUUUUGGAUUUUGUUUGUUUUUUGUAAGCUUUUUUUUCAGAAUUGCAAAAAAAAUAUAUAAAACAAAAGGGGGAAACAUUUUUGAAAUAUCUGGUUUUGUACACAAAACUUACGUAGAUUUAGGCAUAAAAAGGAGCUUUUGGUCUUCAGUUUGUAAAGAUAUAUCUGCAGAGAUCACUCGACACUCUUUUUCAUGAUUUGGUUGUUUUCCUUUCCUUUUUCUCCGUACUCCGGGAACGGGUGUGAUCUUCAGACCUUCUUUUCCUCUCUCCAUCUGUCUCGUGGAUCGUGAGUGGGAUCUUUGUAACUCCCAGGUUUCUUCACCCUGCCGUGGUAACAGAAUAAGUGAAUAAAAUCAGUGAAUGUUAACCGUA